GCUGUGGACUGGUCAUGCUGUAUGAGAAAUCUGAUUAGCUCUCCUCUCUUCCUCUGCAACCCACCUACCUUUCUCCUUCCCUCACCUUUGAGCUCCUCUCUCAGACUCAGAGAGAUAGAGAGAGAGAGAGAUGGGCGGCGGUGCUGUGAAGGUGUACGGGGUGGGGGCGUCCCCGUUCGUCGCGACGGUGCUGCUGUGCCUGGAGGAGGUCGGCGCGGACUACGAGCUCGUCCCCCUCGACAUGGCGGCGCGUGAGCAGAGGGCCGAGCCCCACCUCUCCCGAAACCCUUUCGGCAAGAUCCCGGUGUUAGAGGACGGGGAGCUGACUCUCUUCGAAUCGCGCGCGAUUUCUCUGUACGUGCUCCGCAAGCACGGAUGGCCAGGAACCAAGCUGCAGACCGCCGAUCUCCUACGAGAAUCUUGCCUCGAAGAAUCGGCCAUGGUGGACGUGUGGACGGAGGUGGAGGCCCACCAGUACCAGCCGGCCAUUGCCAGCAUCGUCCAGCAGUGCGUCAUCCUGCCGUUCGUCGGCGGCGCGCGAGACCAGGCCGUCGUCGACGAGAACGUCGGGAAGCUGGAGAAGGUCCUCGACGUGUACGAGGCGCGGCUGUCGGCGCACGCCUACCUCGCCGGAGACUUCUUCAGCCUCGCCGACCUCGUCCACUUCGGUAUCACCUACUACCUGGUGGCCGGCACCGAGUACGCGACACUACUGGAGUCGCGCGCGAACGUGUGGGCGUGGUGGGGGCGGGUCAUGGCCCGGCCGUCGGUCAAGAAGGUGGCGCCGCUGAUCCACCUCUGGUUGAAGCCAUCUUUGUCUGCUUAAAUGGAACAUCGUACAUUUUCCGUCAUCGGAAAGUAGUGCUGCACCCA